AUGGAUAAAAUUAUUAUUCAAGAUUUACAUGUGCAAGCAGUAAUUGGGGUAAAUCCAAAUGAAAGAAUUAUAAAACAAAAUAUUAUUAUGACCAUAACAUCAUAUAGAGAUUUAUCCAAAUGUGGUUCUACAGAUAAUGUUGCAUAUACAAUCUCCUAUAGCUCCCUAUCUAAGUCAUUAUGUUCAUAUGCAGAAUCAUCACAUCACUAUACAUUAGAAGCACUAGCAACAGGAGUAGCAAAGAUUUGUUGUUUAGGUUUUGGUAUUGAAAAAGUUAAAGUAUUGAUUCAAAAGCCGGGUGCAAUUAAAUUAGCAAAAUGGCCAGGAGUAGAAAUUGUUAGAACUUUGGACUUUUUCAAAUCGAACUCUUAUGUGGAAAUUCCAUCGAGCAAUAAGCAAAUAUCUGCACCACCAUCAAAUGAAACCGGUUCUUCAAAAGAGGGGUUAAAUAUAGUUUAUCUAGCAUUUGGUUCCAAUAUGGGUGAUAAAUAUGAAAAUAUUGUAAAGAGUUUCGAAAUUUUAAAAGAAAAGGUAAAUAUUUUAGAAACAUCUUUUAUGUAUGAAAGUGGUGCACAAUAUUUCUUAGAACAAGAUUCAUUUUUCAAUUGUGUAUGUAAAGGAUCAACAGAUUUAAAGCCACAGGAACUAUUAGUAUUCAUCAAAUCCAUCGAAGAAAAAAUGGGUAGAGAUUUUAAAAUGUUCAAAAAUGGUCCAAGAAUUAUUGAUAUAGAUAUCAUCUACUAUAAUAGCCAAAUUUUAAAAAUUGAAACAUUAGAGAUUCCACAUCCAUUAAUGUGGGAAAGAGAUUUUGUUCUCAUACCUCUAUGCGAUAUUGCACCAAAUUUCAUGCAUCCAACCCUUCACAUUACUUCAAAUCGUAUGAAAAUGAAUUUAAAACCAUCCUCUAUUCAAAAGAUCUUCAGAAUUGGAAAAAUUAAUUGGCGUUGGAAUAAAAAAACAUUUAUUAUGGGAAUAUUAAAUGUAACUCCAGAUAGCUUUGUUGAUGGAGGCAAAUACGAUAGUGUUCAAAAGUCAUUGGACCAAGCAACUAAAUUAAUCACACAGGGUUCAGAUAUUAUUGAUAUAGGCGGCCAAUCAACUUAUCCUGGUGCAGCUCAAAUUACAAUUCAAGAAGAAAUUGAUAGAGUAGUUCCAGUAAUUAAAAAGAUUAGAGAAAAGUAUCCAGAUAUCCCAAUUUCAAUUGACACAUACAAUCACCAAGUAGCAAAAGAAGCAAUUUUAGCAGGUUGUAACCUAAUCAAUGAUGUUAGCGGUGCAAUGAAAGAUCCAAAUAUGUUUUUAAUCGCCAAAGAAUAUAAAACUCCAAUUAUAUUAAAUCAUCAACAACCAACAACUCAAUAUCUACAACAAAAACAAAAUGAACAAAAUGUGAAUGCUAAUACAAAUCAAUCAAGCCAAAAAAUAGAUUUAUCAAACCCAAGUGUUAUAACAACACUAAAUAACUUCUUUAAGGAAAGAAUUGAAACAGCAACAAAACUAGGUCUUUACAGAUGGCAAUUAAUAUUAGAUCCUGGUUUAGGUUUUUAUAAAACAUAUGAACAAUCCAUCGAAAUCAUCAAAAAGGGUAAGGAUCUAAUAUCCUUAGGUUUCCCUGUUUUGAUUGGUCCAUCAAGAAAAGGUUUCAUUGCUCAAACCAUCGCAAAAUAUGAUGAAUCGUCAAACGGUGAAGUUCCACCUCCAAAUAGUGAAAGAAGACUUUAUGGAACCGUUGCAUGUUGCUGUAUUGCCGCUUCUUGGGGUGUUAAUAUUGUUAGAAUUCACGAUAUUAACCAAAUCAAAGAUUCAUUAUUAAUUUCAGAUUCCAUUUAUAAAAACCAACAAUAA